UUUCGAUGAAUGUCAUGUGUCAUGCUUUAACCUUACUUUAAUUAACCUUAAAUAUUUAAAAGCUAACAAGUAAACAAGUGAUAUCUGUUAUUAAUUAAAAUUCCUUCUUAAAACCAUGGUGUCCGUCAAACCUAAUUUACAAAAAAAUAAGGAAAGAGGUAUAAAACUAAAACCCAAAAAAAAGAUAAGCAAUGUUACUUCUAAAAAGAAAAUUACCAAUGUCUUGAAAAAUGUAAAUGUAGAGAAACUACAUAAAGAUUUCAAAGAAAUUGUUAAAACAAAGAAAGGAAAUAUUUCUGAAAAUGUAAAUGGGAAUAAACCACAUAAAGAAACUAAAGAAAAGGUGAAUGUUAAGAAAGGAACCAAAAUAAAGGAGAGUGUGAGUUUACAUAAAGACGCAAAAGAAACAGUAAAUGUAAAGAAAGUUAAGAAGAUUUCAGAGAGUGCCGGCGUAGAGAAGUUACCUGAAGACACGAAUGAAGUGAUAAUUGCUAAGAAAGUUAAAUAUGUGAUGCCAUCGAAAGCCGUAAAGGAAGAUAUUGUAAACUCGUGUCUCAAUGCUUUACAAAAACUAACCGCUCAUCAUAACAAGAAAAAUACGAUUUUCGGUUGUGAAACAUCUGUUUUUGCAGAAAUAAGAUGUAUCAAAAUACCUCACACUAGGGGAAAUGUGAAGUUUGUGCUGCCACACUGUACUGCUGCAACUACUGGAGAAAUUUGCCUUAUAACACCCGAUUUGAAGAAAGGAAAAAAAGUCGAUCAUGAACCUACAAUUGACCAUUGGAAAGAUAUUUUACAGGAAGCAGGGGUAACUGAGAUUAAAACAGUAUUGCCUUUAAGGCAAUUGAAAGUGGAAUAUGACCAAUUUGAAUUAAAACGGAGACUGUUAACACAACAUGACUUCAUUAUGAUUGACACUAGAGUGUUGAACCAUGCUUCCCAUUUGUUGGGGAAAAUGUUUUUCAAAAAGCAUAACAUGUUGAUACCAGUAAAAUUGAAUGAAAAAGGAAAUAUCAAGAAAGAUAUUAGCAUUGGAUUGAGAACAUCGAUGCUUCGUUUAAAUGAAGGCCACACUUCAACAAUUUUAAUUGGUCAUACAAGCAUGCCACAAAAUGAUUUGAAAGAGAAUAUUCUGUCAUUAAUCAGUCAGUUGAAAGACAGAUAUCCAGGUGGAGAAGCCAACAUUAGAUCUAUAUCUAUAAAACUGCCAUUAUCACUCUCAUUGCCUUUAUAUCUUACAUUGAGAUCAAUAAACACUGUAGGACUUCCUAAGUUAGCACAUAAGAAACCCAAGCACUUUACUACUGUGGAAGAUGAACUAAGUACAAUUCCUGGCAGCACAGUCAGAGUGGAACCUGAUGGUACGGUGCACUUAAAGAGACCUAAGAAAGGUGACCGAACAAAGGAUGAUGAAAGUAACAUUGAAGAUAAUGACAAAAUGGAAGAUGAAAAGGAGACAGAAGAAGAUAAUUCUGAAGCUGAUAUAAGUGAAGAAGAUUAAAUGUAAAUGUCAUAGAAAUAAAAACCUUCCUCUUACA